CGACCUAACUUUUUCCCAAGAAAAUUUUCCAGGCAAAAAGAAAGAAAAAUAAUUUUAUUCUUCAUUGCAUUUCCUCUCUACAACUACAAGCACAUAAAGAAACCAUAUUCGUGUGAUUUCUCUCUAAUCGUUGCGUUCGUCGGUUUCUGGGAUUUCAAGUAUCGGUACGCCAUAAAAGGUGCAUCCGUUCUAUCCAGGGAUGAAUAGUUCCAAUAACCUUGGGUACCGUAGAGGGGAACUAAAUUCUUUAAAGAGAAAUAAUGAAUCCUAUUGGCUCGGGCACAUUGUUUAUGCAUGUGUUGAUUUCUAAAUGUGACUUAUGUGGCAAGAAACAUACUUUUGUGAAACUUUUCCAUAACACAUAAUAAUUAAUAAUUUUUUACAAUCACAUAGUUAUUGAUAAAUUUUGGUAAAGGGGAGCCAUGACCUGUAUUUAAUUGAGAGGGGGUAGAGGCUCACUCAGUUAAAGAAAUACUCACUGUAUCACAUUAGAUUAUUUUGUAUUGUUCGAUAAUUUGAAAUAUAAAUUUCAAUCGCAUAUAUCGAAUAUCAAAUACUACUAAAAAUCAAUUUCACUCACAAACGUAAAAAAAUAAAAUAUGUAAUCCAUAAUAUUAAUUAAUGAUAAAUUAGGUGUAUUCCAAACACCGAUACCAAACUUUCACUCCUAGCAACGAACAAUAUUUUAGAUAUUGAUAUCCUUGGAGUUGGUACCUGACUUUCCAAGUAAUGGUUAAUUACUAAUCAAAUUAAUUAACUACCCAUUAGCAAGGGAUACAACUAAUAUGCACAUGGACAUACUUACAUGGAAUAAUGCGUUCUCGUUCUUUAAUGAGAUUUACGAUGCUCGAUAACUUUAUGAUUACCCCUAACCAACCAUAAUACAACUAACAUUCAUACAAAUGAAUUAAAUUAACUAAUUUAAUCUGACCACUAUUCACACUACCUCACAAAAGAACUUCAUGCUCUACUUCAUCAGUAGGCUUUAAAGCAUUGGCAUAACUUGAUAAUUUGCAAAACCCCACCAAUUUUCUUGAUUUAUUCGAACUAAACGAGCUGGAUUUCUAGUUUCUUCCAUAAACCAAGUGUUUAAAAGGAAAAAAGCCCAGAAAACUGCAAGGCCCGCCCAUCAUUAAAGCCCAGAUAAAUCAUGAGGCUGGCCUAUCAUUGCCAUUGCUUCACCAGGAGAAAGCCCGUAUUUAUCCCAAUUCCUCGUCGCCGUCAGCUGAAAUUAGAGCAGGCGCAGCCGCGCAGGCAGGUAGACGGUAGCCUAGCUCACCUCACCACCGCUCUCCUUUCUCCCGGCGAUCUGUCUUCCCCAAAGGCCAAAACACCCAAAUUCUUUUGUCCCCUACUUCUUCUCCAUUGAGCUCCGGAAAUUUCCAUGGGUGUCUCGAUCCUAUCCCCGAAGACCCUCAGGUCACUCUCCGUUUGCCGUUCCAAUCCCCCUCGUAAACCCUCCGAAACUUCGCUCUCCGAUUCAGUCCCGACUCCACUUCCCCUGCAUUCUUUCAUUAUCUCAAUUGGGUCCCUCUUCUACCGCUCCGAAGCGCGCGCAGAGUGUAAAUAUGGCAGCUUUAGAAGCUCACAGUCGAAUUCCUCCACCACGGGAUCGUCGUCGUCUUCGAUGUGCUCAGAAUCUACAGGGAUCACUCGGCGCAAUCGCUACAGCUCGAGUGUUCUGAACCCUGUGAUUCAUGGAGGCUGCUUCCGAUGUUACUCGGCUUCUGCAUCUGCUGCUGCUGCUGAUGAUGAUCCCGAGUCUCGGAGAUCUCUCCCUAAGGUCGUUCGGCAGAAACCAAAGUUAAUGCCGUUCUGGAAGAUUGUUGCAUUGGUCAGAAAUGGCGAUGGCGAUUUGGAUUUGAAGCUUGAUUCGAUGAAUUUAAGGUUGGAUUCUUACUCCGCCAUGGCGAUUCUUCGUGUCCUCAAUCAAGAGAAGGUAUCAGCUUUAGGUUUCUUUGACUGGCUUCAAGCUACUCACCCUGGUCUGAUGCUCAACUCCUGUAUUUGUAACUUAAUGAUCGACAACUGUGGUGGAUGUGAUGAUUACGAAAGCAUGCGUGGCCUCUUAGUUGGUUUCGGUUUGGAGGGCAUUGCUCUGACCAAAGAAGCAUUUCAGUUCUUAGCUUUGAAGUUUAGAGAUGAAGGUGUUUCGGUGGAAGAAGCUAUACGAAAUGUACUUCAUGUAUUGGAAGAAGUAAAGGGCGGAGUUUAUUCAACUGGGGUGAAAUCCUUGAUUGAGAUGCUCGCCAGUUCGGUGUCUUUUGAUAUGGCCAAGCUUGUGAUCAGGUUGAGUGAUAUGAGGGUGUGUUAUUAUAGCGUACUGAUAAAGGAAAUGUGUAAGAAGCAGGAGUAUCAAAAGGCGAGAGAAGUGAUAGGGGAGGUGAGGGGAACUCAUAGAGAUUAUACUAUCGAUUUAGAUCGCCAUAUGUACAAUUACAUGAUUAGUACGAUGUUGAAGGCUGGCCUGGAAGAUUCGGCUCACGAAGCUCUGCAGGAAAUGAUGAGCGAAGGGUGUCCUCCAGAUGCAUUGACUUUUGAGAUAUUUAUAUGUGAUUGUGUGGCGAAGGGCAGAUUCAGUACUGGGAUAAAGUUCUUUGAUCAUAUGGUGGAAGCUGGCAUUAAACCGAGGCAAUCGACGCAUGCUGCUGUUAUCAAGUUGUUGUUCAACGUCGAGCAUUACGAUGAGGCUUAUGAGUACGUGGUUUCUGUGAGUGAUAGGUUCAAGAAUUCGGGUAAUCAGGCUUACAACAUGCUUGCAGAACUCCAUAGGAGGAAAUCCAAUCUGAUGACUUCCAUAGACAUUCUUUGUGCAAUGAUGAGUAAGGGUCUAGCGCCGGAUCCUAAUAUUUAUGGGAAAGUUUUGAGAAGCCUCAAGACGUCUAUGUGGAAACGAGAGGCCACGGAUUUGGACAACCAGCAUAAGAGGCUUCAGUUAGCAGCUUAGUUUGGCUGGUGGGCACUAUUAUAGAAUUCUCUCUUCCCGCAUUCUACUCGGCACUGAAUGGAAAAAGAAUUACGGUCUGUGUAUACUGAACUUCCAGAGGAACACAGUGAACGCUGAUAUGAAUAUAUACUUUUUCCGCCACCAAGAUUUCACCUUUCACAUGUCUAGCUUCUGAAAGCAAGCAGAAAGAAGGAUGAAGAAGCUGUCUGAUCAAGAAAAAAGGAGGAACAACCAGUUUCUUCCAGGUAUAUAGCUUUGUCGAAUGUAUGAGAUUGCAUUUGCCUGAUCACACUAGGACUAACUCCAGGAAAAACAUUAUUCUUGUUUCAGUCUUGGCCACAAAGAAUCUUUGGCCCUUUUGGAUUUGUAUUUUACUAUUUUUCUUCUUCUGCUUGCUGGCCUAAGUUGCAGCAGAGCUACGAGAGCAAUCUUUACCCCAUUCUCUUGUUUUGAUCGGUUGUUUGUAGUUAGCAUGCUCAGUUAGCUUAGCCUAGUCCGAAAAUUUUCGGUUCCAUACACUUCCCAAUAUCUCUAAACUCCCAUUGAAAACUGUGUUUGGAGUUGGGGAAAGAAGCAAACUCUGGUUCUCACUUAUGGAGCACAGAGCACAUAAGAUUGUGAACUAAUGACGGUUUCCUGCCAGGUAAAGUGAAGCAUCAAAGCAGAUUUUAGAUCGAGUUAGAAAUCAAUUCUUCCUUUUCUGAGGCCUAUUUCUGAUGUACCUAUUUAUGGUUUGGGACAUGCAUUAUCAAUUCUUCACUCAUGAGCACUGUUCUGCAGCAGUGCAGCCCUUCCUUCCAGCAUGCAUCAUCAUGUCUCGUUGCUGCUAGCAUUGUAUAGCAGCGAUCAUAGUUGCCAUGUCGAUGAAGCUCUCUGUAGGAUUUCCUUCCUGCCCUUCACCACACCAUCACUCGGCCACAACCACUACCACUUUCGCUGUUCGCAUCAGUGAGGUCAUUAAUGGCUGACAAAGUUGAGUCCACUUAGGAUUUCCUUUUGUUGGUUUGUAAAAGAAAAAAAAAAAGACAAAACCUGGUCAUGCAUAUGUAAAGUAGUAUAAUAAUGAACUCAUUCUUUCUGUGCAAAAAAUUUCAAAAUCGACUUAAAAAUGAAAGAGAUACCAUAUGGUAUUGAGGUGGUAACGAGUGGAAUGAAAUUGUUUUUCUCAAAAUAUAUUGAAAAUGGAUUUCAUAGAUCAAAACGAACUCGUUAUAUCUUGUGUAAAUAUUUUUAAAAUUCAAGUUAGAAGGAGAACAUGACAACCUAUUAAAACAACUAAGGAAAAAAAAAAUGGUCCAUAAGUAAAUAAGCCCAUAAGCCCAAAGUAAGUCGCCCUACAAAAUCAUUCGACGAAGGCUGACGAUUGGAAAAAAAAAAAAAAAAAAAGGCUGACGAUAUUCCCGCCAGGUAACUCCGCCGGUUGCCGACUUGCCGCUCUCUUUCCCGUUCCCCCGUUCCACUCAAUCUCCGAUUCUCAUCAGCUCCGCUUCCUCCUUCGUGCCCUAAGAAAAAUCUGAUACUCCUCUAUGAGUCUAAAGCCUUCCAUUUCUAUCCCGCCUGUAUCGUCACACGCUUUUUGCGCCAGCCUGUUUCAAUGGCGGUCGUAAAGAUGAUGGCUUUAGAAGUUCAUCGCCGAAAUCAUCCACUGGGUCGUCUUCUCGUAGCUCAGAAUCUUUUGGGUUCUGUUCAAGGCAAUCGCUACAGAAGUUUUCUCUCAGUUAUGCCUCUGUUCGGUGCUAGUGUUCAUGGUUGCUUCCUGUUUUACUCGAAUUCGGCUGAUUCUAGGUCUCUCAUGUUUUUUUUGGUAAUGCUUUUAGCCAAAAACAAACGAGAAAGAAAUUCCUGGACAUUAACGAGGAAUGAUGGGAAUAUGCUUGCCGAAUUUCAUACAAUGUGGGUGGUGGCAGUGGCAUUCAGAAAAGUUCCUUUAUGCAGUCAUGAACAAGGGUGUAGGAUGUGAUUCUUGUGUUCAUUGAAGAGGUUUGAGAAGCUUCAAAGAGUUUCCGAUGGAAAGAAAGAGGCUUUCGAUUUGGAAAACCAAUUCGAGGAUUCAAUUGUAAGCUGGAAAUUGCUGCUGCAUUUUGGUUGCGAUCACUUUGCCCCUGACAGCAAAGAACAAAGAAAUCGCCUUUGCUCAUGUCAUGCUGUUGAAAUCAAGCAGAAAAGGAAGGCAGAAGAAUCAGCUUCGUCCAGGUAAGGAACUCUGUCGAAUUUAUGAUUGCGAGUAACUAAAUGAAAUCAGUUCUGUGUU